AUGAGAUCCCGAAACCAGGGUGGUGAAAGUUCAUCCAAUGGGCAUCUCUCCUGCCCCAAGUCCUCUAUCAUCAGCAAUGCUGAUGAUAAAAGUUUCUCAGAAGAUGCAAAAAAGAAGAAUAAAUCAAACAGAAAGGAGGAUGAUGUCAUGGCCUCAGGAACUGUCAAACGACACCUAAAACCAUCUGGAGAAAGCGAGCGAAAGAAUAAGAAAUCCUUGGAGUUAUCCAAAGAAGACCUUAUACAGCUACUCAGUAUAAUGGAAGGAGAGUUGCAGGCCAGGGAAGAUGUGAUCCAUAUGCUGAAGACGGAGAAAACCAAGCCUGAGGUUCUGGAGGCUCAUUACGGGUCUGCAGAACCAGAGAAAGUGCUCCGAGUCCUGCACCGAGACGCCAUCCUAGCCCAGGAGAAAUCUAUAGGAGAAGAUGUCUAUGAGAAACCAAUUUCAGAGCUGGACAGACUUGAGGAAAAACAGAAAGAAACCUACCGGCGCAUGCUAGAGCAGCUGCUGCUGGCAGAGAAGUGUCACAGGCGCACCGUGUACGAGUUAGAGAGCGAGAAGCACAAACACACUGACUACAUGAACAAGAGCGACGACUUCACCAACCUGCUGGAGCAGGAGCGGGAGAGGUUGAAAAAGCUCCUUGAACAAGAAAAGGCUUACCAGGCCCGAAAAGAAAAGGAAAAUGCUAAGCGACUCAAUAAACUAAGAGAUGAGCUUGUGAAACUCAAGUCCUUUGCACUCAUGCUGGUGGAUGAAAGGCAAAUGCAUAUUGAACAACUUGGCCUGCAAAGCCAGAAAGUACAGGAUCUUACUCAGAAACUGAGGGAAGAAGAAGAAAAGCUCAAAGCCCUUACUUCCAAAUCCAAAGAAGACAGGCAGAAACUGCUCAAGUUGGAAGUGGAUUUUGAACACAAGGCUUCGAGGUUUUCUCAAGAGCAUGAAGAGAUGAAUGCUAAAUUGGCUAAUCAAGAGUCUCACAACAGGCAACUUAGACUCAAGCUGGUUGGCUUGACUCAGAGAAUUGAGGAACUGGAAGAGACCAACAAAAACCUUCAAAAGGCAGAGGAAGAACUUCAGGAAUUAAGAGAUAAAAUUGCCAAAGGGGAAUGUGGCAACUCCAGCCUUAUGGCUGAAGUGGAAAAUCUCCGGAAGCGCGUGUUAGAAAUGGAGGGUAAAGAUGAGGAGAUCACUAAAACUGAAUCCCAGUGCAGGGAAUUGCGGAAGAAGCUGCAAGAGGAAGAACACCACAGUCGGGAACUCAAACUUGAAGUCGAGAAGUUGCAGAAGAGAAUGUCUGAACUGGAGAAAUUGGAGGAAGCAUUUAGCAAGAGUAAAUCUGAGUGUACCCAGCUACAUCUAAACCUGGAGAAAGAAAAGAACUUAACCAAAGACCUGCUAAAUGAGCUGGAGGUGGUCAAGAGUCGAGUUAAAGAACUGGAAUGUUCUGAAAGUCGAUUGGAAAAGGCUGAAUUAAGUCUAAAAGAUGACCUUACAAAGUUGAAGUCAUUUACUGUGAUGCUGGUUGAUGAAAGGAAAAAUAUGAUGGAAAAAAUAAAGCAAGAAGAGAGAAAAGUGGAUGGACUCAAUAAAAAUUUUAAGGUGGAACAAGGAAAGGUUAUGGAUGUAACUGAAAAACUAAUUGAAGAAAGUAAGAAGCUUUUAAAACUGAAAUCUGAAAUGGAGGAAAAGGUGUACAACUUGACAAAAGAAAGAGAUGAGUUAAUAGGUAAACUGAAAAGCGAAGAAGAAAAAUCCUCUGAAUUGAGCUGCAGUGUUGACUUAUUAAAGAAGAGACUUGAUGGAAUAGAGGAAGUGGAAAGGGAAAUAACAAGAGGAAGGUCUCGAAAAGGAUCUGAGCUCACCUGCCCAGAAGAUAACAAGAUUAAGGAACUAACACUUGAAAUUGAGAGACUGAAGAAACGCCUCCAACAAUUGGAGGUGGUUGAGGGGGAUCUGAUGAAGACGGAGGAUGAGUAUGAUCAGUUAGAGCAGAAAUUUAGAACUGAGCAGGACAAGGCUAAUUUCCUCUCUCAACAAUUGGAGGAGAUAAAGCACCAAAUUGCCAAAAAUAAAGCAAUCGAGAAAGGUGAGGCUGUGAGUCAGGAAGCAGAGCUGAGACACAGAUUUCGGUUAGAAGAAGCUAAAAGUCGAGACUUAAAAGCCGAAGUACAAGCUCUUAAAGAGAAGAUCCAUGAAUUAAUGAACAAAGAAGAUCAACUUUCUCAACUUCAAGUGGAUUAUUCUGUCCUUCAACAAAGAUUUAUGGAAGAAGAAAAUAAGAACAAAAACAUGGGGCAGGAGGUCCUCAAUCUGACCAAAGAGUUGGAGCUUUCAAAGCGUUAUAGCCGAGCUCUUCGACCCAGUAUGAAUGGGAGAAGAAUGGUGGAUAUUCCUGUGACGUCAACUGGAGUGCAGACUGACGCGGUGAGCAGUGAGGCGGCAGAGGAGGAAACACCAGCAGUAUUUAUACGGAAAUCCUUUCAAGAAGAAAAUCACAUCAUGAGCAAUCUUCGACAGGUAGGAUUGAAAAAACCUAUGGAACGAUCCUCUGUUCUAGAUAGGUAUCCUCCAGCAGCAAAUGAGCUCACUAUGAGAAAGUCUUGGAUUCCAUGGAUGAGAAAAAGGGAAAAUGGGCCCCCAAUCACUCAGGAAAAAGGGCCUCGAACAAAUCCCAGUCCAGGGCACCCAGGAGAACUGGUCCUUUCACCAAAGCAAGGCCAGCCUCUGCAUAUUCGAGUGACACCAGACCAUGAGAAUAGUACUGCAACUUUGGAAAUAACAAGCCCAACAUCUGAAGAAUUUUUUUCUAGUACCACUGUCAUUCCUACCUUAGGGAAUCAGAAACCAAGGAUAACCAUUAUUCCAUCACCAAAUGUCAUGUCUCAAAAACCAAAAAGUGGAGAUGCUACUCUUGGCACAGAACGAGCCAUGUCCCCGGUCACGAUUACUACAUUUUCUAGAGAGAAGACCCCAGAAAGUGGAAGAGGUAUGUUUGCAGACAGGCCCACAUCCCCCAUUCAGAUAAUGACAGUGUCUACAUCAGCAGCACCAGCUGAGAUUGGAGUCUCUCCUGAAUCCCAGGAAAUGCCCAUGGGAAGGACUGUCCUCAAAGUCACCCCAGAAAAACAGACUGUUCCAACUCCACUACGGAAAUAUAACUCCAAUGCCAAUAUCAUAACCACGGAAGACAAUAAAAUUCACAUUCAUUUAGGUUCUCAGUUUAAACGAUCCCCUGGGACUUCAGCUGAAGGAGCAAGUCCAGUUAUUACUGUCCGACCUGUCAACGUGACAGCUGAAAAGGAGGUUUCCACAGGCACCGUCCUUCGCUCCCCUAGGAACCAUCUCUCAUCGAGACCUGGUGCGAGCAAAGUGACGAGCACUAUCACCAUAACACCGGUCACAACCUCAUCUACUCGAGGAACCCAGUCAGUGUCAGGACAAGACGGGUCAUCCCAGCGACCUACACCCACCCGCAUUCCUAUGUCAAAAGGUAUGAAAGCAGGAAAGCCAGUAGUGGCAGCCCCAGGAGCAGGAAAUCUGACCAAAUUCGAGCCUCGAGCUGAGACUCAGUCUAUGAAAAUAGAGCUGAAGAAAUCGGCAGCCGGCAGCGCUACCUCUCUUGGAGGGGGGAAGGGCUGA